AUGUCAGCAUCAUCACCAUGGCCAGAGCCCACCCCUCACAUAGCAGCACUCGCCUACGAAUUCGUUGAACAUCUUUGUGGCUCUCAAACCCCCAUAAGUACGGACCCUGCGAGGGAGUUCUCACAAUUCUAUCGUCAAAAGUACCAUCACGCCCGGUACGGCGAUGGGAAUACACCCGGGCUCGAACAUGACUUUGGCUACAAGCACUUCCCAUUCGAAAGCGCCUGCUCUGUACCAAGAUGCCCGAAGACGUGCGAAACAUGCUCGCAGCAUUAUCGAUCCAUUGAGCUUCAAAAGUGGAGAGGACUUGGCUAUCACCAAACAUAUUCCGACGCACAAGCCGCAGAAUUGGUUCACGAGCUGAUACACCCCACCCAAAAUGAUCUCGCUCACGUCCGCGCGAAGCUUCAACUUCACGGCGACGCCAUCGCCAAGCGCUGGCCCAAGCGCUGGCGGAAACGCACGGUCGAUCCACGUGCAGCACUUCUGCUGAAAGCAAAACCGGAUAUCUACAAGCAUAGGUGGGUCGAGGCCGAACUUCUGUGUCAGAGCACGCGCAACAUCUCGGACCAAGAUCUGGUGAAGGACCACAAACUCUGGCUCCUCCCCGAUCUUGACCUCCCAGGCCUUAGCGAAACUCCUGGGCGCCUCUUGGCGCUGGUUCGCGCACGGACCGCUUGCCAUCCAGCUCAAUGGGUGCCGUACGAUAGCGAGCAACUCCACUUCCCAUUCGAUGAAGGCUUGGCUCUGCUGGCGUACAUUUUACAUUGUGUCGUGAUGCAGGACCAAGUCGAUACAUUCGGCACUAUUGUUCCUUGGAAGAAAGGUGCGGCUCAUAGGUGGGACAUAAUCGGUCUGCUUAGAGCUCUGCUAGUGCUUGAAGCACAAAACGAGCUGUCUACCUUCAGGAGAUCCACUGUGGACCUCCUGCUGCAGGCUCCCGCGGCCGAAGGUAACAGCGACUGGCAGAUAUGCGCUGCUCGCGGCUUCAUGGACAGCAGCUAUACAGUAACCGGACCGUGGGUGGACCAAUUCUCCAUUGCACCCCCUGUCGUGAACUUCGCGACUGUGGUAGCAGCGAUGCGUGACAGGCUGCAGGUUGCCAAGGACGAUCUGUACAUUCCCAACCCCAAGCGUUUGACGUCGCACGGUGCUGCAGACAUGCGGGUAGCACACGAGUCGUUGGCAGGCUUCUGGAAGUCGUUCCGCAAGGACAAGCGAAAGCUGCUGAAGAGGAGCGGCGCGUCGAAGGAAGGCAUACGCGAAGUCGUGGAGAUGAUCAGCUAUGAUAAGUCGGCCGAGCAUGGUCUCAGGAUUGAUGAAGCAUGCACUGCUCUUGACGAAGCAUUUGCCAAGCAGGAGUCGAAGCGGAAUGUUCGAGAUAAUGGCAGGAAGCGGCGGCCCCAAGAUAUCGUAGCGAACGGACAUAUGCUCCUCCUCCCACCCACCGCCACUCUGCCCAUGCUCAAAAUCGAGAGGCUCACACUAGCGGAGCCAAAGCAAAAGAUCAAGACCCGCCGCAGCGACAGUGCCGCCAUUGUGCCGAUCCUCGACAUCUCCAUGCAGGAAGAACAUCACCCGAAAAUCGAAAUCAGCGCAGCCAGCCUAGCACUCCUCCAACGCAUGUUCACGCCCAUCGCUUGUUCCAAAGCUACAGCCGACAUCAAAUGGAACGAAUUCAAUUCCGCGGUCGUGGACGCCGGAUGCACGUUCAAGUACGGCGGCGGAUCUUCCGUGACCUACACUUUCCGUGGUGCGACGGGGGAUGGUUGUGUGAUGGUGCAUAGGCCGCAUCCGGACCCAACGAUUGAUCCGAUUAUGCUGGGGAGUUUUGGGAAGAAUUUUGCUGUGAGUUUGGGUUGGGAGGGAGAAUCUUUUGUUUUGAGGAGGAAGGGGGUAGAGAAGUGA